AAGUCUUUUAUGUUCAUUAUAGCUCAUGUGUUACACUAGUGUCACUCAGGGAGAAGCUCCCAAACAAACUGACAUUUUGCAUAAAGUCGUACUAAUACUAAUCACAUAUUUAUAAGCUCUGACUAAUGAAUUUAAUAAUGGUUAAUACAUCAUUUAUACAUGCUUUAUAGGUCUGUUAUACUCCAUUAACAAGAACACAUCUGGGUUGGCCUUUGUGGUAUAGUCCCUGGUAUUUCCUUUUUUUUACUAGUAAUAAUGCUGUUAUAAAUGCUGGAAAUCAUUAUUAAAUGCUUAAUACAUUUUUAAUAAAUGCAUUUUGUCAUCUGAACCUGCUCCAAAAGAAAAUGAAUAAGUCCAAACCCCUGUUUAAGAUUAUUAAGAUGGUAAAAGAGUUAUGCAACUGAUUUCUAGGUAAAGGGGUGAGGCUUUCUAGGAAUAAAUGUCAGGGUGAAUAUGCAGACUAACUAUGUUAUUAUUUGUAGUAAUCAGAUAUACUUAUAUCUCAGAGAUCACACACGAAUAAGGGUUUGUCUGCGUCAUUGUCCGGGGCCUUGCCACUGAACCCUGCUGGCUGAUGAUAAUCCUUUGUGUGGGCUCUACACUGUGAAACCCAGACACUGCCUGCUGUUAUCUCAGUAUCAAGUCUGUCAUUAAAGAUGUUUUAGAUAAUAAGUAAUGGCACAUGUUAACUGAUGCCUACGUUUUCCUUCAUGUGUGCUUUGAGUCUGAGUGCGGGUGUUUUGUGCUUUCUGAAUUAGAUGGAAGGACGGGAAUGUGUCUUAUCACUGAACAGACUGGUAUAAGAGCUCUUGUGACAGAGAGACUCAAGCACUUGGUGACAGAUACAAUGUGAAGGAUAAUCGAUUUAACACGUGCUUGUAUGAGGAGAAAUAGGUUUCCAAUCAACACUCAACAUUGUUAGUGGCUGACCAGAGAAGAAAAAAACAGAGACGAGAGACACUCAGCGGGAUUUAACAUGUCAGUCAAGCUUCCUAAGAGGCUGAGCAGCAAAAAGAAAAAACCCCCAAAGGACAAUGCCCAGGCUGAGGUCCUGAAUAAGCUGGGCCUGGAGGCCUUCUCAACUACACCUCUAGACCCACCAUCUAUGUUGGACAUCAGCACUUGGACUCUAAAGAAACAAGAACCUCUGGAGCCCAAGAAUCUACCAUAUGCUUUCCUCCAACGUCUUUGGCUACUUAGCCCAGAUGCCCGGAGUCCAAUGACAACAAAAUGUAAUGUAAACAAUGACAACAAAUUACCUGAGGAGAUGAUCAGUGGUAGUGGAGAAAGCCAGUGUGCCAUUAACCCCCUUGAUCUAGUUACAGCUGUCUUUAUGUCUGCAAACACAUUCCUUCAGCAGGAGAUUACCAUGCAUAUGAUGCAAUGCCAGUUUGCUGUGCCCCUGGUCCUUCCAGACAGAGAUCCAGAAAAACCCAAUCACUUCCUUAUUUGGCCUUUGAGAGGUGUUGUGAGUCAAUGGAGGUCUCAUUUUCCAGAUAGGAACAGGGAGGUCCAUGAGGGAAAUUUAGCAAGUACAUACAUGCCAAUGGUUUCCUGUGUGAAGCUUGGCCGCUGUGGUGUUUCCAAGUCACAGGUGCUAAACAAUGUUAUAAAUGGACUAGGAUCUCCCAGUGAAACAUUUCUCCACAGGGGGAUGGAUGGCGGACAGCUGCCCCGAAGACUCUCCAAUGGCCUGGUAGAGAUCGGAUGGUAUCUACCCACUGGAGACAAUGCCAGAGAUAUUUUCCCUGUUCCCGUAGUCAUCUCUAACCUACGUGGUGAUGCCAAUACACAUGAAAAAAUCCUCUGGUUUCUAUGUCAAACAUCCUCUGCUGUGGUUGUUUUCUGUGGGGAUCUUAGAGAGAAAGAAAAACUACUUCUUUCUUCCUGCAAAGAUAUGGCAAGCAAGCUCAUACUGAUUGACGUAUCAGAGAUGGAGAACAAUGAAAACAGAGUUGUGGGGUUUGUUAAUCCAACCCUUGAAGAAGACAUUGGACUUCCUGGAGGAUCAGUACUGCAAGGGGGGACUUUGAGUGCAGAGGAACUGGCUAACAGGCUAUGUGACAUCCUGAAAGAUCUCUUACCAGACCUGAAACUUGUCACACUUGAGGGAGCAGCAAAACUAGCAGAGGAGCUAGGGCUUAAUGUGGAUGAAGGGGCAGUCUUUAAAAAGGCAAUGGCCACAGUGGAGGAAUUAUUAAAAGGUUUAGACGAGGGAUCUGCUCAGUUUAGAGAGAAACAACUUCCUUUACAGGGACAUCUGUGGAGCAAACUGGCUGAAAUUGAAAAGGAAGAGAGAAAGAAAAAAGAAAUCAACAACCAACUACAAAAAGAAAAGAAAGACAUCUUGGCAGAGUUGAGAAGCUACAAAAUGACUCCAGCAAUGAAGAUAUUCACCAAUGCACUUUUCACAACAGAUAAAGUCGAGAGGGCUUGUUUUCUUAGUUGGAUGAAGCUGAAGCUUCAGCUGAUGCAAACUGAAAAGCCAGACAGUCUACAAAAUCUACUCACAAGCCUGCAAAGAAAAAAGAAUGACUGCAUGCCCAACUUGUCUGAUGAGCUCGAAAAUGGGAACAAUGAUGACCUAGGGGACAGUGAUAGCUUCUGCACAGAGUCAACGUUUGAAGAAGAACAAACUGAAGAGCAGACAAGAGAGAACAAUGACAUGCUUAAUGGUUCUAAUGAGCUCGAAAAUGGAAACAAUGAUGACCUAGGGGACAGUGAUAGCUUCUGCACAGAGUCAACGUUUGAAGAAGAACAAACUGAAGAGUGGACAAGAGAGAACAAUGACAUGCUUAAUGGUUCUAAUGAGCUUCAAAAUGGAGCCAACGGCCACCGAGGGGACUGUGAUACCUGUUGCUCAGAGUCAACAUCUGAAGAAGAACAAACUGAAGAGCAGCCUGUAAAUACUGAACUUCAAGUUCCUGAACAACAAUUUGAGACUGGCCAGAAAUUAGAGCAUAUUGUGCAAUCCACACAUGAAGUCAUAGACCAGCGGUUUUACAUGGCAUCCAAUGAAAAAGAGAUUCAAGGUAAAGAAUUGAUUGAAAACAAUGUGGGUUUUGAAGGAAGCAAUUCAGAUCCAGUCUAUGUUGGCCAAAAUGGUCAUUUGAAGUCUGGAGAAAAUGGAACCUUGAGCAACCAACACCAAGAUGAACCAGAGCUGACGCUAGCUGAAUCAGAUUUGACGUCUUCUGUCCAACAAACAUGCCAGGAUGUUUCCUUUGAACAUCAGGUAGCCCCAUGCUCACAGCCUCUUGAACCCUCACUGGGGCUUGAGCACUUCUUGCGUGAGAUGAGCUUGAUUUUUGAGUUAACACACAUCAGCCCCGGCAGUGGAAGCCAAAAUGUGUUGCGUCUCCCUAGCAUAGCCACAGAGCUUCUUUUCUAUGGGAUUCCACUUGAACUUAUGGAUGGAGAUGCCUCAAACAUCCCCAUCCACUGGCUGAGCUGUGUCUUUGCCAAGCUUGGACACCGUCUACCUCAAGAAAGGAGCAGGACCCGAGUGCUUACAAACCUUGGAGUGCAUAAUUCUAUGAACGCUGAGGUUCUUUCUGCAUUAUUUGGAGUGAAAUUUCCUGAAGGAAGGAAAAGAUCCACCAGAGGGCUGUACAUGGUUGCCCUAUGUCUCCCAGAUGAACUUAAAAAGGACAUGGAAUGUGAUUUUCUGUUGUUAAUUGAUGUUGAAGGUCUCUGCUCAGACAAUCAAAGAAACACUCUGAUCCAUGACAAUGAGAUGGCAACUGUUGCAACAGGAUUGAGUGAUGUUUUAAUGCACAACAUCUCUUCACAUGCGGGUACUGAAUUUGAAACUGACUUCACUGUCAUAGCCAGUGCUCUCCUACGCAUCAAAGAAUGUGGCUCCAUGCCCAUUUGCCAACUCCUGGCCCAGGAUGAAGACAUUAGCUGCCUAUUACAAGCCUCACAGUUAAAGCAUGUAACUGAUGUGCUUCAGACUAAGACUGCAAAGACCACACGCUGCAUAACCUGUGUCAAAGGGCCUUGGAACAAUAUGUCCCUCUCUGAACCAGUUGAUCUGCAGUAUACUAAAGCUGUGUUAAAGCUUAAGAAAAACCUGUUUGGGGCACUGAAGAAGUGUGCAGCAAAGUCUGAAGCCACAGGUCUGCCUGGAAUUAUGAGCCGUUUGUGUGCUGUUUGGGAUGCAGUGAGAGCAGACUCAUACUCCAUUGAGCUGCAAAAUACUGACAUAGCGUUAGCGUUCUCUUUAUUUUGCACAGAACAUUCCGAAAUAGAGGAUCGUUUCCUGGAGCACAUAGAAAGCUGGCUUGUGGGGGCAACAGAGAAGAUCUUUGCCCCAAAGGCAAACGCUCUAGAUGCUGCAAUCCAAAAUAAUCUUCUGAGCGAGCUGAAGGAUGAAGCCAGGAAAGAAGUCAAAACAGAGGUGGACAAACUCAGGUCAAAAGUAGAGGCAUCUUUGAAAAAAGACAACUACCUUAAAAUCAGUCCAUGCAAGCCAGUCCUAAUGAGCCAUAUGGAUGACCUCCAGGAGCGAGUAACUGAAGAGAUAAUACAAAAACUGGACACAGUCAAUGAGAGCCAUUGUUCUUCCUCACAGCUGACAAAUUUUGAGAUCAUACUCGAAAAAGAACAGGAAUCCAAGCUACAAGCACUGAUAAAGAACAGUAAGUCAACCAAAGUUCUCCUUCAAGAUACAGAACUAGAAGAGGAGUUUGAUGGUAUGUGGAGCAAGAUUUUGUCCAACUUUGACUUCAGGCCUUCAGAAAAAGAUGAUAUUACGACAAGAGUGAUUAAUAUUCUGAAGAAGAAUCUACUCAGUCGUGGGCUCCGGAAACACAUGAAAAAAGUUGAAGAUAUCCACCAAAACCAGCCAUCUACCUUUUACGCUUAUGAUGAGCACUUUGGAUACCGCAGCAGAUUAAAGCACAUUGAUGACAACAACAGGCUACAGAGGUUGCAAGCUCAACAGCUAGCAUGCAAAAUCAUAGAAGAGUACAAUCAGUUUGUAGCAGAUAAGUCGAGCUCCCACGUAGACUUCACUGACAGCUUCAUCACAGAACAGUUAGAAAAUGUUGAAAAAGCUUUGAAGGAAAAAUCUAUGGAAAUUAGAUCUGCUUUUGAAGUCGAUCUGAAGGUAUAUCUUUGUAGAGCUGCAUGCCAAGACUUCCAAAAACUACAUGACUGCUACGCCAAGGACAAAGAGCUUUUGACAUAUAUCACUGCAAACAAGAGUGUAUACUUAGCAGAGUUUGUCUACCAGUUCAGGAAGAGAGACCAGUGUCAGAGGGCAGCUCAAGCAUUCACCAGCAUGGUACUCAAACCUACAGUGUUGGACUACAUCUACAGACCUCUGGGGAUGAGUAUUGUAGAAGAGAUCCGAGGUAAAGGCCAGCAGUAUCGAUCCCGACGUGCCUUCCACCAUAGCUUGUUGGAAGAACUGAUAAAGGAGGACAGCUUUGAAAGCUUCCUGGAAUAUUUGCAUUCAUAUGACAACUUCAGUAUGAGGAAGAUCAAGGAGACUGUGGACAAUCACCUGUCUGAAACAACCAACUUGGAUAUUUUGCGGCAAAAGAGACUUGGAGACAUUGUAGGAAAGAUUGUGGCAGCAGUGAGUGAAACAGCAGAAGGUACCAAUGGAGUGCUAAGUGAUUCAAAGCCACUGCUGGAGAGGGUGUGCCUCACUUUAGAGAGAGAUAGCAAUGUAGAUGUCACCAGGGCCUCCCUCGAUGGACCACUCUUCAGUAUCUCCACAGAAUGGGAUCGCUUUAUCACAUGUCUAAUGGAGUUGCUGGCAGCAAUGCGACUGGACCUAGCCCAGGAGUUCUCCCAAAAUGUGGAUAUCACUCAACUACUUCAGUGCCUUCCAAUUCAACCCCAAGACUACCUUUUUAACAGACUUAGAGGCUGUGACAAACAUUGUCCUCUCUGUGGAGCCCCCUGUGAGUUGGAAGAGAUGGGGCAUACGGUUCACGAGGCAGUACUCCACAGGCCCAAAGGUAUGUGGCCCAAUGACUCCUGUUCUCUGCCUGGCAUCAGCUGUCCUGAAAGCAUGACCGAGGACAACCCAGACCAGAGCACAGACACACACGACAUGUCUGUGCCAUGCACCCACCUCCACUCCCUCUACCCAGACUGGAGCAUCUCUCCAGAGCAUCCGGACAGCCAGAUGCCCAGUGCUUACUGGAGGUAUGUGUUGGCGAGGUUCAAUGAGAAGUUUGCAGAGAAAUAUGAGCGAGAGCCAGCAAAGAUCCCUGACAAGUGGAAGAUGAUAACUGUGGAGGAGGCACGGGAUAGUCUGAAUGAGGCCUUCCUCUCUGGACAGUACUAAUAUAAGGACUGCCCUGUGCUGGAUGCUGUCUUAUAACACAUGGACAUUUUAUUGAUCUAGUCCAGGUUUUAUCUGGUUUAGAAGUUGUUUGCAAUUAUUAAGGGUGUUGAUGAUCAUGGUAACAAUGAACAGAAAUUUAAUCAAGCGGACCAUUUAUUCUGUUAUGUGCCAUAGUGUUGUGUGUGUGUGUGUUUCUUUCUGUGCUUUCCUGUGUGUCUGUGCCCUGUCUGUUUGCAGGUACCGGUCUCCCCUGACUUACAGCAGCUGUGAGUGAUUGAUCACAGUUAUUUCCACUGACUAAUCAGGACCUCGAGCGUAAAAACCUGGAGGAGUGAAAGGGCGGCACCUGGGGAGACCCAGGAUAGAGCAGAAAGAAUACACACAUACACACAACAGUGCACAUUGAAAACACUGUUUUCAUAAGUGAUUUGCCUUUUCUUUUUUUU